AUGGAGACGCAACCUGAUCGCCAGUCGGGCUCAUCAGUUUAUGACAUUGUCAUUGUCGGAGCUGGGCCUGUGGGACUCAUGCUGUCCACCUGCCUGGCUAGAUGGGGUUACAGGAUCAAACACAUUGAUAACCGAGCUGAGCCAACGCCAACCGGAAGAGCAGACGGCAUCCAGCCACGGUCGUUGGACUUGCUUCGUAACAUGGGACUUAAGUCAGCCAUUAUGGCUCAUAAGCCAGCCAGAGUCUACGAAGUAGCAUUUUGGGACCCCCUCCAGGACGGCAACGGGAUUGCCAGGACCGGAACCUGGGCUAGCUGCCCCAGUUUCAUUGAUGCUAGGUACCCCUUUACGACUCUCUUGCAUCAAGGCCACAUCGAGCGAGUUUUCAUCUCCGAUCUCAAUAAGAACGGUGUCCAAAUCCAACGUCCUUGGACCAUCACCGGAUUCACCUCGGAUGAAGCCGAGAACCCCGAGUACCCUGUAGAAGUCUGCCUAGAGCACGUAGAUGGAACUGCCCAGGAGACUUUGCGCGCCAAGUAUCUUUUCGGUGGCGAAGGCGCUCGUUCAUUCAUUAGGAAUCAACUGCAGAUUGGCAUCAAGCACAAGGACCCCAUCUCCCAUGUGUGGGGCGUUAUGGACGGCGUAGUCAAGACUGAUUUCCCGGAUAUCAAGAUGAAAUGCACUAUCCACAGCAAGCAUGGAUCUAUUAUGGUUAUUCCGCGAGAGGAUAAUAUGGUCCGCUUGUACAUCCAGAUAGCGUCUUCGACAGACCCCGAUUGGAAUCCCCGGAAGACGGCAACGGAAGAAGAAGUUCAGGAAUCUGCAAAGCGGAUUCUUCAGCCAUACAGCAUUGAAUGGGAGAGAGUGGAGUGGUACUCAGUCUACCCUAUUGGACAAGGGAUUUCGGAUCGUUAUACUUUGGACCAUCGCGUGUUCCUAGGAGGGGACGCAUGCCACACCCACAGCCCCAAAGCUGGUCAGGGCAUGAACACAGCGUUUCUCGACGCCCAAAACUUAGCUUGGAAGAUUCAUGCUGUAGAGGCUGGCUUCGCACAUCGUGACAUCCUUGAAACAUACGAGGCUGAGCGUAGAGACGUCGCUGAGACGCUGCUCAACUUCGACAACAAAUAUGCCGCACUAUUUUCAAAAAGACCACCAGCCGCAAGCGAGGUCGAGGCAGCUUCUGAAAAGAACACCGAGAAGGACCUAGAAAACGAGUUCAUUCGGACGUUCAAGGAGUCGUGUGAAUUUACGAGCGGCUAUGGUGUAGCGUACAAAGCCAAUGCUUUGAAUUGGUCCGAGGCACACCCAGCUAAAUCGCCUCUGAUACACCCGGAAGGAACAAAACUUCGCACAGGGCGACUCUUCAUUAAUGCUGACGUAACAAGGGUUGUCGAUGCCAAUGUUGUUCACUUGGAGCAAGAGAUUCCCCUGAACGGCUCGUUCCGCAUCUUUGUUUUUGCCGGGAAGCCUUCAGCCACAAGAGUGGCCCUCAGAGAUUUCGCGAGCCAUCUCAACAGCAAGCGGUCAUUUUACGCUGCAUAUCUCAGAGAUGACGUGAAAAGUGUUUCACACCAUGAAAAGCACAACCCCCACAGCUUAUUUUUUACUAUUUGUACCAUUUUUGCGGUCAACAGGAGCAGCAUUGAGAUCUCCCGCGACGUUCCAGAGGUGCUAGGACGAUAUCGUGAACACGUGUAUGCAGAUGACAGAUGGGACCGCCGUGUCCUUGAUGCGAAGGCUGCUGCACAUGCCAAGAUGGGUUUGGACGAAGAGAAGGGCGGUAUUGUUGUUGUGCGUCCUGAUGGAUAUGUUGGAGUGGUUGUCAAGCUGGUGGAAGGUAGUGGUACUGUGGAUGCGCUGAAUGAGUAUUUCGGUACUUUUUGCACAAAGAAACUGGGGGAGACACUGGCGCAACUAUAA